GUUGUCCGGAUAGCAGUCCUAUAUAAACCUCCGUAUUCCCAGAGUUUUUCGAGUCAUCAUCAUCUCUUGCACUUCCCCUACCAAAGCCCCGCAGCUUAAGUGACAACCAGCAAGAGAUUUACCAAUCAAAGAUGGCGGAGCAAACUUUCAUCAUGAUCAAGCCCGAUGGAGUCCAGAGGGGACUUGUUGGCGAAAUCAUCAGCAGAUUUGAGAAAAAGGGUUUCUUUCUCAAGGGUUUGAAGCUGAUUUCUGUGGAUCGCUCGUUUGCUGAGAGGCACUAUUCCGACCUGUCUGCCAAGCCAUUCUUCAGCGGGCUUGUUGAUUACAUCAUCUCUGGCCCUGUUGUUGCUAUGGUUUGGGAGGGUAAGAAUGUUGUUACCACUGGCCGCAAGAUCAUUGGCGCCACAAAUCCCGCCGAAUCUGCUCCUGGGACCAUCCGUGGCGAUUUCGCAAUUGACAUUGGCAGGAAUGUCAUUCACGGAAGUGAUUCAGUUGAGAGUGGAAGGAAGGAGAUUGCAUUGUGGUUUCCUGAAGGCCCUGUUGCCUGGUCAAGCAGCGUGCACCCAUGGAUCUAUGAGAAUUAAAGUGAUUGCAGCCAUGGCUCCCUCUACUCUAGUGAACUAGUUCCUUCCUCCCUUUGUCGAGGAACUUUUUUUAAGAACAUUUGGUACUGUAUGGCUUGGUUUUGUUUUCGAGCGUGACCGAGCUUUACCUUUUGAUGAAACAUUUAAGUAGCGUCUUUCGUUCGGGAUGAAACUUUUGCUUAUAUCGUACUGUUCAGUUCUGACUUGGAUGUUAAACUCGUGUCUCUUUUAUAAAGACUAGCUUUGUGCCCGGCCUUUGCCUUGGUCUA